GCGCCGCUUCAUUGUCAGGCACGAGGAACUAGACGUGUAUCUGGAGAAAUGCCUUCCGAGAAGGAAGCCAACGCUGGCCUGUCCAACACCUACGGGUCCUUGAGACCAGAGAGGAGACGCGUGAAUAUAAAACAGCGCGCGCCAUGGCAGCGCCUGUGACCAGUCCACCAAAAGCUCCAGAGCCAUGAGGACCACUCUAGUUUUAUCGAGCCUGCUUGCCCUCUGCCUCAUUGUUCUCGCUGAAGACAAGCCGGCUGAUGAGAAACCAGCUGAAACUACAACAGCAGCCGCAUCUACUGACGAUGAAAAAAAGGAAGGUGACGAGAAGAUUGAAGGCCGCGGGCUCUUCCUGAGCGGCGGCGGGCUCGGCGGUGGUCUCGGUGGCUGCCCGCCAUGCCCUUGUGGCUAUGGACCGGGCGUCGGCGGGGGAUUCCGUGGAGCAGGCUUCGGCUCAGGCUAUGUGGUAGCUACGGCGCUGGCGGAGCUGGCUACGGAGGAGGUUAUAGCGGCGGCUACCGCGGUGGCUACGGCGGUGUUCGUACGGUGGCGGCUAUGGUGA